AUGCUAGCCUUCCCAUUCGCGCUCGCCCUAGUCCUCGCAACGCUCUCAGCGCUCCUCUACUCGCCCUCCAGCACCGUUCCCACCUCCUCAUCCUUCCCAUCUCCGAAUAACACCGACACGCAACGAGUGUUACUGCUGACGGCGCACCCGGACGACGAGGCGUUCUUCUUCGGUCCUACGCUUAGUGCGUUGGGUAGAGUGGAUGGGGUGGAGGUGUAUUCGCUUUGUUUGAGUGUUGGUGACGGGGACGGGGAUGGGGUGGUUAGGGUGGGGGAGUUGGGCAGGAGUCUGGAUGUGUUGGGCGUUGAGGAGGGGAGGAAGGAGGUGGUGGAUAAAGCCGGAUUGAAAGACGAUAUCAACACAGUAUGGGACGCCUCGCUCGUAGCUCACACAGUCCUCCCGUUCGUACUCAAGCACAACAUCACAACCAUCCUAACAUUCGACAACCUCGGCAUAUCCUCCCACCCGAACCACCGCUCCCUCUACACCGGCACCCGCACGCUCCUCGCCUUCCCAUCAACACCCCCAUCACUCCGCGCACACGCCCUCCUAACAGUGCCCCUCCCGAUCAAAUACAUCUCGCUCCUCUCGGCGCUUCAAGCGAAGUUCGACAUCCUCGUGUCUUCGUACGCGUACCUUCUCCCAGCUUGGCUUACUGGAGAUGGAGGGGCGGGCGUGCCGGUACCCGUGUUCGUCGCGGGGACGGGAGAUUGGAUGAGGGCGGUUAGGGCGGUGGUGGAGCAUAAGAGCCAGAUGAGGUGGUUUAGGUGGUUGAAUUUGGUCGGGUCGAGGUAUUUUUGGGUUAAUGAGUGGGUUGAGGUUAGGGCUGCUGCUGUUGGAAAGACGGUGUGA